GGGGGGGGGGGGGGGGCGGGGGGGGGGGGACGGGCCCUGCCGGCUUCUGGGACUUGUAGUCCGGGGGCUAGCGGCCGCCUCUCCCCCGGCCCGGCCCGGGACUACCGUCCCCACAUGGCCUUGCGCCCCGGCGCAUGAGCUCUUGGGCGCCUUAGCGCAUCUAUUAUACUGCCUUGCCGAGGAUAAAAAGAAGAGCAACUGGAGGGACUAUAAGGCAAACGUUGCUGGAGCUGCCGGGGCAAAGUUGUAUGGUUGGACCCUGGAAAUGGGAUGUCAGUCCCAUUCAGGGAGCAUAACGGAAGAAAGAAAAUCUCCCAGGUGCUGCUGCUGUGACAGCGAGUGAGAGCAAGAGCAGGAAAAUGUCGACAGUCACAUCAGCAAUCCAGGCUCCUCAGGGCCCUGUCAAUCCGCCGCCUCCGGAGGUCACUAAUCCUAAUAAGCCUGGCCGGAAAACCAACCAACUGCAAUAUAUGCAAAACGUUGUGGUAAAGACCUUGUGGAAGCAUCAGUUUGCUUGGCCUUUCUACCAACCUGUUGAUGCAAUUAAAUUGAAUUUGCCGGAUUAUCACAAAAUAAUAAAAAACCCCAUGGACAUGGGGACGAUCAAGAAGCGCCUGGAACAUAACUAUUACUGGAGCGCCAGUGAAUGUAUGCAGGAUUUCAACACCAUGUUUACAAAUUGUUACAUUUAUAACAAGCCCACAGAUGACAUCGUUCUCAUGGCCCAAGCCCUGGAGAAGAUAUUUCUACAGAAGGUGGCCCAGAUGCCUCAGGAGGAAGUUGAAUUGUUACCCCCAGUUCCUAAAGGCAAAGGUCGCAAGCCAUCAGCGGGCACACAGACUGCAGGAGCGCAGCAAGCAGUGGCCGUGUCUUCCGUUUCCCCGCCGGCCCCGUUCCAGAACGUCCCUCCAGCCGUGUCUCAGACGCCCGUCAUUGCUGCCACCCCUGUGCCAACCAUCACUGCUAAUGUCCCGCCUGUCACUGCCCCUCCCGCCGCUGCUCCCCCUCCGCCUGCUGCUCCGAUAAUGCCCGUGGUGCCUCCUACGCCACCGGUAGUCAAGAAAAAGGGAGUGAAGCGGAAAGCAGACACGACAACCCCCACCACCUCCGCGAUCACUGCCAGCCGAAGCGAGUCGCCCACACCCCUCUCGGACCCCAAGCAGGCCAAAAUCAUCGCUCGACGGGAGAGCGGCGGCCGGCCCAUCAAACCACCAAAGAAAGACCUUGAAGACGGAGAGGUCCCCCAGCACGCAGGGAAGAAGGGCAAACUCUCUGAGCACCUCAAGUACUGUGACAGCAUUCUCAAGGAGAUGCUCUCGAAGAAGCAUGCAGCCUAUGCAUGGCCCUUUUACAAGCCUGUUGAUGCAGAGGCCUUGGAAUUACAUGACUAUCAUGAUAUUAUCAAACACCCCAUGGAUCUCAGUACUGUUAAAAAAAAAAUGGACAGUCGGGAAUACCAGGAUGCACAAGGUUUUGCAGCAGAUAUUCGGUUAAUGUUCUCUAAUUGUUACAAGUACAAUCCUCCAGACCACGAAGUGGUAGCCAUGGCCAGGAAGCUCCAGGAUGUCUUUGAGAUGAGGUUCGCAAAGAUGCCCGAUGAGCCUGCAGAGGCCCCACCUCCGCCUCCACCAACAGCACCAGUGGUGAGCAAAAGCACAGAGAGCAGUCACAGCAGUGAGGAGAGCUCUUCGGCCUCGGAAGAAGAGCGAGCAACUCGGCUGGCGGAGCCCCAGGAGCAGCUAAAGGCAGUCCAUGAGCAGCUAGCUGCAUUGUCACAAGCGCCAGUGAACAAACCAAAGAAAAAAAAAGAGAAGAAGGAAAAAGAGAAGAAAAAGAAAGAUAAAGAGAAGGAAAAAGAAAAGCACAAAGUAAAAGCUGAGGAGGAGAAGAAACCCAAGGUGGCUCAACCACCAAAACAAACCCAACAGAAGAAGGCCCCAGCUAAGAAAGCAAACAGCACAACCACAGCUAACAGGCAGCCCAAGAAGGGAGGCAAACAGGCAUCUGCAACUUACGAUUCAGACGAGGAGGAGGAAGGUCUGCCCAUGACCUACGAUGAGAAACGACAACUCAGCUUGGACAUCAACCGCCUGCCCGGGGAGAAGCUGGGCAGGGUGGUGCACAUCAUCCAGUCGCGGGAACCUUCCCUCAGAGACUCCAAUCCCGACGAGAUAGAAAUAGAUUUUGAAACAUUGAAGCCCACAACUUUGCGAGAACUGGAGAGAUAUGUGAAAUCUUGUUUACAGAAAAAACAAAGGAAACCAUUUUCUGCAAGUGGAAAAAAGCAAGCAGCAAAGUCAAAAGAAGAGUUAGCUCAGGAAAAGAAGAAAGAACUAGAAAAACGGUUACAAGAUGUCAGUGGGCAGCUAAACAACAACAAGAAACCUGCAAAGAAAGAGAAAUCUGGCUCAGCUCCCUCCGGAGGCCCUUCCCGGCUCAGCAGCAGCAGCUCCUCCGAGUCCGGGAGCAGCAGCUCCAGCGGCUCCAGCUCGGACAGCAGCGAUUCGGAAUGA